AUGAUAUGUGGGGAUUAUAUGAAGCUACUUGAUCUGGAUAGCGAUACUGAUGAAAGAAGGUAUAGAGCUGCAAUAGAGAUGCCUCUUUCACCCACUUUGCCUGAAAUUGAGUCUGCUAGCCUCAAACUAUGUGUACAGGAUGACUCUCAUUUUCUGAUAGAGGGAACUUUGAAGAGUUUUGAGACUGAAAGAAGUAAUUCCUUGCCAUUCCAUACCUUUGAUGUCAUCGAGUUGGAGAUUAGUUCCAACACUGUGAAACAGAAAGCCCCUCAUUUGCAGGAACUGUCAUUGAAUGAUAAUCCAGUCUUAAGUCAUUCAUCUGAAGAAGUAAGAAUUCAUGGUACAAUUGUAACAGAUGGUGAUUUCAAGCACCAUGAUAUGCUGUGUAAUAUUGAACAUAAUCCUUCCUUCCUUGAAAAUGAUAGUAACAUGGAUGUUGAACCAACAUAUAAUGGCAGUAAAUCUGGCGACUCAGUGCAGAAGGCUAGUGAUGCGCUGCCUAUCAUGGGGCUAAAGGACCAUUGGGAGUUCAAGCACCUUGUUCAUGGCCAACUAGGUCCUAAUACCAUUUCUGAUUCAAAGGAAGCACAAGCUGUAGCUUUCCAAAAUUCACAUUGCAUUCCGAGCAAUUAUGUGAGAAUUGUUAUAUGCAUAAUUCUAUUUCCAAAGAUACAUAAUUUAUCAAGGGAACUAGUGAAUGUACCAAAUGGAACCCAUGGAUUGACUCAUGCCACAGUUACAACUUCCACAGAAAUUCAUAUUGAAGGCAAAGGAGAAAAACAUGAUGGUGCAAUUGUUUCUCAAAGUGGUGAAAUGCUUGAUAAAAGUUUUGAAGCUGAGAAAUCUGAGCAACAUGGUAAUUUACUGGUCUCAGAAUGUGCUACAAAGACGGAAGCUUCUGAAUCAAUGCCUAUGUCCACCAUCAGGAAGAUCCGUGAUCUAUGUGCAGAGAGUGAUGGACUUGAACUGGAGAAAAUUCCCAAGUAUUUUGUUGUGUUCUCAAAUAUGGAUGAUUGCAGCAAAACAAGGAUAUCACAAUAUAGCAAGACCGUUAUAUCUCAAGGCUGCAUGGACACCCAAGUGCUUCGUGCUAUAGCUAUGGAUCCUGAACUUUUACCUAAAGAGAAGGCUGCUGUUUUCUUUUCAUUAUUAUUGUGCAAUAUUUCUGGUACACUGUCGGCAAAUUCAAGAUGCACCAGGAGUGGAGAAUUUCUACUACCUUCUGGUUCUUUUGCAGAAGAGAUUAAUAAAGUGUUAUCAAAUGGGGAGGCAAGAUGGUUAAUUCUAGAAAUAUGCCAACUGAACAUUCUUGUUGAGCUAAUUGAGGAUUUUCUCAUUAAUAGAAAAGUUCUGUUGUACACUGACAGGCUGCUCGAGCCUUUGUCGGCAUGUUUCUCAUCACAGGAAUUUCAUCAGUUAAAUGGGAGCGGUCUUUGUGUGUCUACUAGAGAUUGCAACAGUUGAUCAAAUUAUUGCUGGUUGUGUCAUAUUUGCAUCUAUUUCUGCUGCAGUAGGUUGCAUUGGCAUUGUUCUGGAGUUGUCUUACAGAAUUCUUCGAACGUGUAGAAAUGAUAUUUCCUGGAUUCUAUUGGCGCUGCAUGUUUUUGCUUUUGUAUGUGGCGAGAAAUUUUUUAAUCUGGACGACUGUCAGUUUCUUCUAAAUGCUAUUAGAUUGGUGGUUUCACUAGUUGAGCAUGGGAAUGAAUCUGCACAUUCUGCUUCUUGUCUCCAUUCAACACAACAUAUGCUUAUCUUUCCUCCCUGCGAGCAAUGCCCAUUUGCUACGGAUGAAUUUUGUAUGGAUAAUUUUGCUUGUUCGCUUUUGGAUGAGCUACAAUUUUAUGCCUUGGCUGGUAAUAUCAAUCAUCUGGAUGGAAAAAAAUCAACUGCUUCAAUCGGCACAUUCCAGUCAUGCUCUGAGAGAAAUGAUGGAGGGACAGUCAGUAAAACUAAAGUCAGUGGACUGAAAACUGAGUGCGUUGGAUCUUGCAGUAUAUACAAGUUUGGAAAGCUCGCUGCUGAUCGGUCUGAUUGUUUUCCUGAGAGCUCUUUUUGCUACUUUACAGAUAUAAUUUCUUUGGUGGAGCUGAUUGGGUGCUACAUGAGAUGGGACUGGACAUAC